UCACAAGCUGCCAUUGGAGAGCCCGACGGCGAAAGAGCGAGCAGGACGCAGACGCAGGAAGGCGCAGACGAACGCACAGUGUCCAUCGCUGCAGCUGAUGUAACAGACGGCCUAUGUUGCACGCAGUUAUUUAACACAAAUAUAUUUUAAAAAAAGAGAGAGAAAAAGAAGCAGUGAAAAUGGGACGUACCGCGAUUCCCAUAUUGGUGGCUGCGUUGUCCUUCUGUGUGUGGGAAAACGUUGAGGCUUUGGCCAUGACCGAGGUGAGCGAGCCGAGCCCCCAGGUGGUGGAGCCGCAGAUCGCCAUGUACUGCGGCCGUCAGCUCCUGCACAUGAACCUACAGACGGGCCAGUGGGAGCCGGAUCCUCAGGGCCACCAAGGCUGCUUCAAAGAGCCCGGCGAAAUCCUUUCCUACUGCCAGGAGAUGUACCCAGCACUCCCAAUCUCCCACAUAGAGGAGUCAAAAAGACCUGUCAUCAUCCCCUCCUGGUGUAAGAAAGGUUGGGGCCACUGCCAGACACACUCCUUCAUAGUACUGCCCUACCGCUGCCUAGAGGGCGAGUAUGUGAGCGAGGCCCUGCUGGUGCCCGACCGAUGCCGUUUCCUCCACAAGGAGCAGAUGGAUGCAUGCAAGAGUUACGUGUACUGGCACAACAUCGCUAAAGAGGAAUGCGCUGCAGAAAAUUUGGAGCUCCAUAGCUACGGGAUGCUGUUGCCAUGCGCAGACCAUUUCCGGGGGGUCGAGUAUGUGUGCUGCCCAGGCCGAGGGACUUCCAGUGGUAAAGGAGAGAUGGAGGAAAGAGACAUCCUCGCUGGUCCUCAGACACUCUCAUCUCACACCAGCGGGAAGCUCAACAUUGUCACCAAAGUGGCAGCCCCCACCCUGAGCCCGUCUCCGGACACCGACGUGGACGAGGCCGAUAUGGAGGAGGAGGAUGAUGAAGUGGUAGAGGAGGAGGAGGAGGAAGAGGAAGAAGAAGGGGAAGACGAAGUUGAUGAAGAGGAAGACGAAGCAGAGGAAGAAGACAAUGUGGAGGCAAUGGCUGUGAGAGAUCCAGAGGAGUAUGAAUACCCCAUUGACUCAGGUACCUACCAGACAUCCGACUACCUGGACUCCUUCUACUCCGAGAAAAGCCCAAAACCCACCACCUCUGCUCCCCUGAUGAAGGCCGACAGCGUGACUACACCUCGGCCCACAGAUGGUGUUGAUGUUUAUUUCGAGAAGCCGGUGGAUGACACGGAGCACGCCAACUUCCUGCGUGCAAAAACUGACCUCGAGGAGCGCAGAAUGAAGCGCAUCAAUGAGAUCAUGAAGGAAUGGGCGGAGGCAGACAACCAGUCAAAGAAUCUGCCAAAGUCAGAGCGACAGGCCCUGAACGAGCACUUCCAGUCGGUGCUUCAAACGCUGGAGGAGCAGGUCGCCGGAGAGAGGCAGAGGCUGGUGGAGACGCAUCUCGUCAGAGUGGAGGCCAUACUCAACAAUAACCGCCGCCUGGCCCUGGAGAACUACCUCACUGCCGUGCAGUCCGACGCCCCCCAGCCAGACCGCGUGCUGCAGGCUCUGAAGCGAUACAUGGCUGCAGAGCAGAAGGACCGCAGACACACGCUCAGGCAUUACCAGCACAUUGUGGCUGUCGACCCCCAGAAGGCUGAGCAGAUGAAAUUCCAGGUGUACACACAUCUCCAUGUCAUUGAGGAGCGGAUGAACCAGAGUCUCGCGUUGCUUUACAAGGAUCCUACCUUGGCCGAGGAGCUGCACAAUGAUAUCCAGGAGCUGGUCAAGGUAGAGAGAGGAGACAUCAGUGAUCUUAUGACCACCUCCUUCUCCGAGACCCAUACUACUGAGGAGCUUCUGCCCGCUGAGAGCGAGGAGGAAAAGGAUGAUGAGGAGGAAGAGGAUCGAGCCUUCCAGAACAGGCCUUAUCCUCCCCGCAUCGAACUACAGACUAAUAAGAAAGUUUCUGCAGAUGAUGAAUAUGAUUAUACCACGUCUGAGAGAGGCCCCACGUAUGAAUAUGAGGAAAAGAUAAACACCUCUGUUGAGCUAAAGCAGGUAGUCAACAAGCCACCUGAGAUCGAGAGAGAUGAACUGCAACCCGAUGCCUUGGAGACGUUUAACCGUGGCGCCAUGGUGGGGUUGCUUGUGGUUGCCGUGGCGAUUGCCAUGGUGAUGGUAAUCAGCCUGCUGCUAGUGCGCAGAAAGCCAUACGGGACCAUCAGUCAUGGCAUCGUAGAGGUCGACCCCAUGCUGACACCAGAAGAACGACAGCUCAACAAAAUGCAAAACCACGGCUAUGAAAACCCCACCUACAAAUUCUUUGAACAGAUGAACUGAGGUACCAGGGGGCUGCCAACAGGUCACGCCUGACCACUUGUUUUUGUUUAUGACGUGUUGCAACAUAAAGUAUAUGAAUAAGUACGUGGUACAUCCCAAACCCAUUGUAAAUGACCCAACAUCAUGGCAUCAUUAGCAGAACGAGAGGAAUGAUCACAUCACCUAUUGUAAUCUAGCACUCCCUGAGGAUCGUUCUCGCCUGUAGCAGCGUCACAGCGUGUCAUGACCCCAAAAAUAUUCACCUCUCAGACAGGAAAACCAUCCCAGUGGCAUGACUUGAUCUAUUGCUCCUCACUAGAAACUGGAGCCGAACGGUGUGUAAUGCUUUGUAGUAUUUAUUUUUCCGUAGUAGUCUCUUUUGUCCAAAUCUUACCACAGUUAGAUAUAUUGUAUCUGUGUAGAUGAAUGCAAAUGGCCGGCUCGUUCAAUUUUGGUCUAAUUCUCAAUUUGAAAUCCACUCAGUGAUUAAAUUGCUAUUCCUUACCGCCUUUAGCUGCUAUUACAUUGGAACAUAAUAUUAAUAUUAAGACAUGAUCAUAAGGUGAGGACGUGGAGGUGUUUAGUUUGAAUGUGUGAGAUAUUUAGGCUUUACUUUUACAAUAUAGAAGGCCAAAAAGACCACCAUACAUAGCUAUGUGCUGGCUGUAAAAAUGAACAUCGUGUUUCUAAAUUCCGAGGAUCUGCCCUCAAUAUUUGUUUUAAUUAUUUGCCAAAACACACGUAAUAUUAAGCCAGUGAAUGAGUUUAUUUUAUUUGUACUGCUACCUAAAUAACUGUAAAACAGAUGAAUCAAAAGUCCGUUAUUUUAAUGAAAGCAUGACAAUUUGGUGUAUGAUACAGCUGUAUUUAUUUGUGUUGUUCCUGUCAUUGCUUUUGAAAAGUCGGAAAAUGUCAGCGUACAAAAUUUACACUGUAUAUAACGUAAGAAGUACAUACUACUAGGUGUAGACAUUUCUAUGAUUAAUUUGCAUCAAUGUAAGGGAAUAAUACAUUAAAAAAAAAUAGUACAUUGUGCUGUAAGGAGAAGAAAAAACAUUUUCCUAACAUGGCUGAUUGAAAACGGACUGUUGUAAAAACCAGCACAAGACAACGACAAAGUAACUUCUUUCUGAAUGUAUUUAAGGUAGACGUUGAGACUCCAUCCUAUUUUCAGUAUUGCGUCAUUCCCCUAGUAGACCUUUGUAUGUGUAGUGAAGCUCCCCCCCGUCCAAAAGACUACUUGCCUGAUGCCCUUCUUAUCGCUUCCUGUAGUAGCCUGUUGCUUUUCACAUGUGGCGGGUUGACGUUAAGGUUGUUGCACAGCGCGUGAAGAGGCCACAGCUAAAGUGUGUCAGGCUGUAUGGUGGGUGCUUGAAAACAGACCACACUCAUGGCAUGAUAGUAGUUAGAUAUCCAGCGUAUCUCCCCGUUUGACAAAUUUGGACUCAACAACAUUGAACGUCGGUACUCUGUAGUUGCAAUAUUUGAGUUCCUCUCUUGCGAGAUAGCUUUUCACUGAAUCAGUCAUCGUAGUUUGUCAUAUUUAUGAUCAACGCACCACCUUGUAUAGGUAAGCAAGAAAGGGAUUGCCCCUUUUUUCUGGCUAAUCGUUCAUUACUUAAAUGUUGAACUUAGUGUGUCCUUUAGCCACUUUAGACCAUGUUGGAAGAAGAAGGUCACAUUGUGGAUGUUGCUUUUCGUCAGUCUUUAACUGUGUGCUAUAAGUAGAGAUAAAACAUACCAAAAUCAGUUCUCACUGUAUUUAUUUGUUACUGGUGGAAGUUUAUUUUUAUCAACCUGCAUUUGUCCAUUCAGACGAGGAGGUGUUUACUCUUCAUUUUGUGUUGUUUUUGUGUAAAGCUGGCUUUGAAAUAAGCAUAAAGAGUUUGACUAUCAGAGGUAUGAUUUUCCAUUAAUCUUCGGUUUCUCUCGUUGGACGAGUUAAUUGCAGGUUGCGGUUGUGCUAUGACAGAUGAAGAGAAGUCAUAGCCCUUGUAUAAUUUGUAUAGCUAUGUUAGUGAAUGAAAACAUUGUAUGUUCACAGUUUAAGUCAGUUGAUCUUGUAAUGAUACUACUGAAACCAUAGAUGAGAAUAAGCUUGCCUGUGUUUCCCAAACCACUUACGGUUUCCUACCAGCAUUUAGAAGACUUAGGAUGGUGUAUACUGUAGUUACUCAAAUCACAUUUGUACGUCCUCCGUCAAAAUCUAGACUUCUUUGUUGGUCUGUCCCCUUACUUCCCAACGAAACAUAAACUUAAAAUUGAGAUAUUAAUUGCUACAUUAUUGCCUUUUACAAUGCUGUGUUUUGGAUGUAAUUAUUCUGUAUUUUUUAUUUCUAUGUAAUAAUCAGUUGGAUCAAGGGUCAUGCUUUCUACUUGUAAUGUAAAUUAAGAAGCUUGUAUGAGAAAACACUGACAAGUUCAUGGCGUUCAAAUGUAUAAUACAGGCGGGUAUACGGCCUCUGCCUAAUCAACAAAGAGUGGGACAAGCACAAGUAGAGAAAUUAGCCAAUUUGUGGACUGUGGUUGCUAAACAUUAGACAUUGAUUCUGUCUGUCGGAUUUCAAGUAUACCGCAUUGGUUCUGAGGAUGUCGAUAGCAUCGAUGAGAGUGCUGUUUUUAUUCUGACCGUUAGCCAAAGACAGGCACCACAAAUACGCAGACAGAUAUUCCAAUUUGGCAAAAUGUUCUCUGUUGUGUAACUGUAUUCGGGGGGGCAAUCUUAGGAAUUGAAACUGGUCGAGCUAAUCAAUAGUGUAAUAAAAAAUGAAUGACCCAUAAAA